GUGUUUUGGUCUCGGAAUGUCGAUUGCGGCCGCCGUCGUUCUGCUGGCUGCGCUUGUGCUCGUGGCUGCCGUUGCACGGCUCGCUCUGAUGCGCAACCCCAUGACCUACACUGCGUAUCUCAAGCGCUCUUCUCGGCGCCUCAAGUCGGAUGGGGCGAUCGCUGCAACUGGCACGGGUGAACUGCCCGACUCACCGCAGCCGCGCGUGCUCGUGAUUGGCGCUGGGUUUAGCGGCCUUGCAAUGUGCGCUGCCCUCAAGCGUCACGGCAUUCCAUUUGAUUGCGUCGAGCGUGCACAUGGCGUCGGUGGCAACUGGCUCCAUGGAACAUACGACAAUGUGCACAUCAUAUCAUCGCGGAAGACAACAGAGUACAAGGACUUUCCCAUGCCCGAAUCGUACCCCGAUUUUCCAUCCCGCGAUCAAGUCCUUGCGUAUUUGGAAUCGUACGCGGCACAUUUCAAGCUGAAUGAGCACAUUCGAUUCAACACCGAAGUCUCUUCGAUUGAACCUGCCGAACGCCAGCCCGGGUUUUGGAAGGUGUCCAUCGACGGUGGACUGGAUGGUCAGCGCGAGGAGAAAGUCUAUGGUGGCGUGUUUCUCUGCAACGGACACCACUGGGACAUGAGGUUUGCAUCCUACCCUGGCCCCUUCACUGGCGACGUCAUCCACAGCAAGCAGUACAAGUCACCCAGCUCGCUUGCUGGAAAGCGCGUCUUGGUGAUUGGUGGCGGAAAUUCCGCGUGCGACAUUGCUGUCGAAGCCGGACGGAUUGGAGCAGCCUCUCACAUUUCCAUGCGGCGAGGGUACUGGUUUUUGCCACGAACCAUCGCUGGAAUUCCGGCGGUGGAAAUCAUUCGUCCGUGGGUUCCAAUCUGGGCUCAGCGUCUACUCAUCCGCGCUUUUGUCAAGCUAUCGAUUGGCUCCUACACAAGUUACGGAUUGCAGGUCCCCGACCACAAAAUAUGGGACCAUCAUCCCACCAUCAAUACCGAACUGCUGCAUUACCUCAAGUUGGGCAAGAUUGCUCCGCAUAGUGACAUUACUCGCUUUGCAGAAAAGACAGUGUUCUUUUCCGAUGGCACGAGCUGCGAGGUGGACUUGAUCGUUCAUGCGACUGGCUUCAAUGUAAGCUUAAAGCCCUUGCGCAGCGACCUGGUUGCCACUGAGGUGUCCCCUCACAAUGGAAGAACGUACUUCCAGUUGGUCGAUGGCAUGUUCCCCAUCGAUCAACGCAACCUUUAUGUUGUCGGAAUUGGACAGCCCCGAUAUGGCGCUGGCUCACUGCUGACCGUGGUGACGGAGCUGGCUGCGGAAAUGCAUCUUCUUCAGCCUUCAGUCAGUCGACCCGUUGGCAGCCUGCUCGCCGCGGUAGGCGGAAAGCGACUGGCUCAGAAAAAGUGUGUUGACGCGCACUUGAUCGACCCCAUCGAUGCGUUCAACAAAUGCCUGCUCGUGCUAGGCAUUGUGCCCCAUCUCGCCAAAAUCGACCGCCUUCUGCAGCUGAUUGGUCGCUAAUAACGACGGUGUGUGUGUGUGUGUUUGUGUGUGUGUGUGUGUGUGUGUGUGUUUCCGUUGUCUGUGUCUGAUUGUUUUACACAAGUCCUGUGAAUAGCAAAUACAACAAAAUUAACUCGC